CAAAACCUCUCUUAUAAAUCACAUGGCAGAUUUUCAAAGCUUCAGACCCUCUUUUCCUUUCUUGGAUAUCGAUAACAUGGAAAUUCAUAACUUGGUGCCGUUUGACAGCUUAUUGGGCUCUACAGAACCUGAAUUUCCAGGAAACUUGGAAGAGAAUUUUUCGGGUCUUUUCGAUCACAAUGCAGUUCCAGCGUUAAACGAAGUUCAUGAAGGUAAAAAGAGGGAAGCAACUGAUAUGUGUGAUCCCAGUUCCGGUAACUCAACUCCUGAUAUUUCUGAGAGUGGAAGCAAGACAAAAAAUAGUUGUGGAAGAGUCAAGAGAGUGAAAAGGAAUGCGGUAGAAGACAAGAAACCAAACCAAGUAGUUCAUGUUAGAGCCAAAAGAGGUCAAGCUACAGAUAGUCACAGUUUAGCAGAGAGGGUUAGAAGAGGGAAAAUCAAUGAAAAACUUAGGUGCUUGCAGAACAUUGUCCCAGGAUGUUACAAGACGAUGGGUAUGGCAAUAAUGUUGGACGAGAUCAUAAACUAUGUGCAGUCCUUGCAGCAUCAAGUGGAGUUCUUGUCCAUGAAGCUUAGUGCAGCAAGUGGCUAUUACGACUUCAAUUCAGAGUCAGAUACUUUAGAAACAAUGCAGAGAGCAAAGGUAUCCGAGGCGAAAGAGAUAAGCGAAGGAGUUUCUUGCUUUGAAGCAACAUGGCCAUGGUCACUGUAAUUUGGGUUUUCGAUGUUUUACUUCAAACCACACAUGUCAUCAAUGGAAGAAGCUUCUAUGCAUGCAUCUUCUUCUUACUUAAUUUCUACAAUUUUAAAGGAUCAGUUUGUAUAAGCCCAAGUAGACAUUACUCUCUCGUUUGUACAAUCCCAUCAAAUCAAACACGUCAAAAAAAUGAAAUUCGAGUU